AUGAAACCGUAUAAGAAAAUGUUACAGAUCGUUGAAAACAUGCUCCAUCCAAACUGUGUGCUGUUGCAAUCACAGGCCUUCCACGCAGAGAGCCUAUCUUCAUCUAACGCAACUUAUGAUGAUGUACGUGGAGAAAUAGACUGCAAGACAGUAUUACCACUAAGCGAAAUCCAGACAUUGUCAGAACAGCAGCAUCCAUGUCCCACUUCGGCUGCGGAUCCAAACAAACGUCUUGUGAAAAAACGAGUGCGAAAGAAGCCAUUACAACCAAUAAGAACAAAGGAUAGACAGAGACCGUUCUCUUCACGGUCUUCCAAUCCAGAACCAGUGGCACAAGUUCCAAACUUGAUUUCAUAUAAUUCGCUGCUUGUCAAUGAAGCGAUUAAGCUUCUCACCUCUAAAGGCUUGCACAGUGGCUACAUUGAAUAUCUGCGUUCAAAUACCGAUGAAAGCAUUAAACGUUCAUUGUACGAAGCUUUUUUGUCUCGAAGGAUUCACUGUCCGCUUUGUCCAGUUAGUGCUGAGAAGCUUGCAAAUGCAGUCCAGUACCAGUUGCACAUGCUUGAGCGUCACUCUUGCGCUCAUUUAUACGCGUGCCAUUUUUGUGGGAUGGUGUUUCCUUCUUUGGAAGCUCUUAAGAUACAUGAUAACUGUGCUGAAUUUGAUGCAACUUUCUUUGAAAAUGUUGAUUCAUCAGAUGAAAUACAGGGUGGAGUACCUAGCUGUGGCCCUAACCUUUGUGUUGACUCAAACGGACUUAUUUAUGGAGGAGUAUCUUCUGCUAUAUUCAGAACGAAAUUUUUGAAGGAAGUUGUAGAUCCAUGGGAAAGUGUUACAAUGAAAAAAAAACUGAAUAGGUUGAAGCGAAAGCUUAGCGAUCCUGAUUGUAUAGUGGAUCCAGAUGAGGUUGACGUCGAGGGCUUCAUAAACGGCAAGAAUUUUAGCAAGGGAGAUGGUUUUGAUUUCGGGGCAGACUUAAAAACGAACGGAUACUUCUACACAGCAGUGAACUCUAAAGAGGAAACAGAGUAUUCUUCUAAGCUAUAUAAUUCUUCGGAAACUCAGUGCGAAUGUAUUACGGGAGAGUCCGAGUUUGGAAAUGGUUCGAAACUUGCAUGCGAUAUUUCGCAGAAGUUCUCUACAAAUUGCCGACUAUACGCAAGAAAGGUGCUGUGUGUGUUCGCUGGGAAUGGAAUUCCAAAUAGUAGAAUAAAGUGUUGGGAGUGUUCAUCAACAGUUUGUUCUAUUUUUGGAUUGCGCGUGCACAUGGCUAUUUAUCAUGGUAUUUUCUUGAAAACGGAGGAGACGUCGAACAAUGCAGAGAUCUUAAAAUAUAUACCAAAGUUUACCAAUUCUACUACUCGUGCUAUAAAUGCUUCUAUCGGUCUCACGCCUGAUGGUUGUCUUCCUGUUAACCUUGAGGAGAAGAAGAAGGAUGCACUCGUUGCAAAGCUGAAAUCAGAUCAGGGGGCUCCUCCUUCGACAUCCUCUCAGACAUCUUCAACAGCUUCUUCAAUUGCAUCGUCAAAAAGUAAAAACAUCGAGGCUGAAGUGGAAACUCCUCCAGUUAUCAUCUUACAUGCUGAUUCUUCCCCUUUAGAACAAAUAUUAGAUUGCCCGGAACCACCUUCCGUUCAAAUAAUUGACCAUGUGGACCAGACCUCCCCUACUGAAGCUACCACAGUACAUGAUGUUAACGCCCCAUGUGCACAAGAUGACAUCACUAGUUCUCGUAUGACGCCGCAGGGUUUUUCGUACAAGGAAGUUGAUAUUGAUGAGAUUGACGGAUUUGUCCACUCAACACAUAAAAAAUAUCAUCAGGCAAAUUCGUCGUCAUCAAGUCUUUUCGAUGCAUUGUUUCUUGAAGAGGAAUCAAGACCUAUAAGUAGCGGUUUCGCCGUUUCUCGCCUUAAUGUUUACGGUAUAGGAAAAUUGGAUACAGUGUUGUUAUACAUGAUUAACGCUGAACAUAAAUAUAUCUAUGCAAAGUGCAAUUUCUGUGCCUUCCGUAUUAGACGAGAUCGAAUUGUGGCACAUUUGCUUUCUGAAUGCUACAUGGCACCUUGUAUACUUUGCGGUGCUAAGUUGUUUCGAAGAAGUGAACGUACUGGCCAUUGGAAAUCUCAUAGCGGAGUAAUGCAUAGUGGUCAAGGUAAUGGCCGUUCUAAAGCGUUGACCGCUGGUGUUGACCACUACAUGCAAAGUCAUACAUCAAAUCUGUGCUGCUUAUCCUGUAAAACCGAACCACUUGAGACUUUACGGGAGCAUGUAUUGUUGAUUCACGUGAAGGAGUCUACUGAAGUUGUUGCACCUAAACCUACUCUUUUGAGAUGCUCUCAGAUAGAACUGUUCAAGGACACAUUGCAAGAAUAUUUAACUCCUUGUGCUUCCAAGGGAAAGAAAAAGGAGGGAUCAGAUUGUCGCCAAUUAGAAAACGAUCAAGAAAGCGAUUUCACGAAUCCGUCGAAUUCUGGUGCAGUACUUCCAACACUUUUAGAAAAUUCCUCUGGAGACGAUGACGUUAUGGAAAUUCCCACAUUGCAUAGUGAUGAGUUCGAUCGAAUGGAAACCAAUGAUUUACGAGAUGGAACUUCCCCUUCGUUGCUGGAGAGGCAGCGACAGCAUUCUUCAUCGUCAAACUGUGUGGCUCCCAUUGUGCAUAAUGUCAAUGAAGGAGAUGAUGAAUGCAUGAUGCUUGACGUUAUUGAGUUACCAACUGGGGUUGUCUCUCACGCAGUUGCUGCUACACGAGAGAAGAAGUACAAGUGCUCGAUGUGUAGCCAAACAUUUCUUAGGAAGUCCACUUGUCGUUAUCACGAGCAAAAUUCGCACCGAAACGAUAUCAUAUCUGAUCUUUGCAGCGAGGUUUACGGUGUGCCUCUAGACGAAGACUCCCUCUUGUACAUUUGUCAGCAGUGCGCCGUGGCAUUUGAAGAUCCACAGAGGGCCCGUCGUCAUAUAUGUGAGCACAUGAAGAAGGGUCUUGCAUUCCCAUGUGAAAUGUGCAGCAGUAUCUGUCUGACGCAGUCCAAUCUUCAUGAACAUCGGCAGAAACACGAGAGCGGAAAAUUAUCAUAUCGUUGCUUGAAUUGCACUCCGAACAAAAUAUACCAUGAUGAAGCUGCUAUUUAUUAUCAUCUACAUGUAGAUCAUGGCGUGCCUAUCAUUGCUUUUUGUAAGAACUGUUUGGUAGGUUCGGCUAAUAUGGACCGUAUUUUUGGGCACAUUAUGUACCGCGAAUGUUCAGGUGGUAAAUGGUCGAAUCCACAUAUUUCUGUUCCAACAUUGUUGCGUUCACUUGGAUUUGCUGUGGCGUCUGAUCUCUAUUUUCAACCAAAAGACGAAGCACUACAUACGCAAGCGGAAAAGGUGAAGGGUCGGUUCGCCGUACCAACACAAUGUAGUCAUCGCUCGUUUAUUAGGUUUGGAGAAGCAUUUACGACUUGUCCAGAAGAUCCGUCCAAAUGUUUUGCUUUGGUAAAUCAAAAUCGCUGGCAUUCAUAUCUGUGUGCCACGAAUCGUGAAGCACCAGGAGAAAUGCCUUCAGUUUUGCCCGAAACGGUUGUCAAGAAAGUGCGUUCUGAGAAUAUGAUUGAUAUGCUUUAUUCACGAUUCAAAACCAGUGCAAUGAAUUGUCAACGUUUUGCCGAUCUCUGUAUUGGUAUGUGA